GCGUCUUGAUCUUGAUCAUCACAAAAAUCUAACUGCCAAAUCAAACGCUACUGUUCAAGCUAUGGACAUUGGAGGCGUACGAAACUUAUCAGACUUCUCUUUCCAGCCGAUAUGAAAUGGCUCAUCUCUUCUCCCCGGCACAUCGGUUCAAAACAUGGAGAGAGCUAUGGCUCAACCUUGCGAUUGCUGAAAAGCAACUCGGACUUCCUAUCCCGGAUGAGGCACUCGAACAGAUGAAGAGCAAUUUGAGCACUGCCUACGCUUGGAUUCACGCAUUUCCAACCAGCACAGCUUACAACUGUGGGCAAACACGCUACUCUGUGGAUCCAGGAUCUUCUAUGGGAUUUGAGGAACAUUAAACAGGCACGCAACGACAUCGGAUUCUGUGGCGUCAAAGGCACCACGGGGACACAAACGAGCUUCUUGAC